AUGUUUAAUGUUGUUUCAGUGAUAUUGAACUACAGCAUUCCAAAACUCCACUUCAUCAGUGAUACUGUAUCGAAAUCAACCACGUCCAGAAAUCCUUCAGCUAAUUCCAGCACCUUAAAUUUAUCGAUUAGUGUGUACAUUUGGAAUCCAACACCAGUAGAGUAUCAGCGUAUACUCAACAACUACAUUCAAAAGGGCCGCCGAAAGCUGGAAGCAUGUUCCUACUCUAAAAUGAAAGCUUCCUGCCCGGCUAGGGAAAGAGUGAACGCAUCUGUAUGUUCUACCUCAACUAUCGAAACGGCAACGACAUCAACGCUACCGUCCGCUAGAGCCGAUCAUCAGUUUCAGCCAGGUCCCAACACCUCCGUCACUGCCAUUAUCAAUAAUCUUCCCUUGCCGACGUGUAAAGCUUCAUUCGACAAAGUGACCUCCAUUAGUGACAGCAAACAUACGGUAGAAAUGAGCAAAUCAUCAUCGUUAUCCUGCCCAACGCUUUACCAAAGUGCAACGAACCGGACCACAGCGGGAUUGCUCAAAACGGCUCGAUUGUAUCACUGCAGGGAUUGUAGUUCCUCGUACAACUCCAGUGAGCUGCUCCGGAAGCACAGCUGCAUUAUCGCCGAACAGUAUCAGUGUCAUCUGUGUUUGCGUGAGUUCAGGAAACGCAAAACGCUUGACCAACAUAUGAAAUCCCACGAUAAAGUGUUUUCCACCGACGAUGAUUUACGGAAGUAACCUGGGUAGCGCUAGUAGUUGGUUCGUUUGUGUUGACUUACAUUUUAAUGUGUUCUAACGCCCAGCUUUAUUGCAUAGGUUUUAAUCGUUUUAAAAUUGCCAUUCACGACGCUUGCUUUCGAAACACAUAGUGUUAGUUGUAACAAUUGCAAUAAACAGUUCGAAAUCGAAUAACGGUAGUCUGGGUCGACCUCGAUGCUCAGUGGGUUAAAUGUAACAAAAUCACGUAUAUCCAGAAACCCUUGGGCUAAUUCUAGCACCUUCUUUGUAUCACUUAAUGAGUACAUUUAGAAUCCAACUCCAUUGGGGGCAAGAUUCGUUAAGAGU